AGAUGGUCAAAAGUGAAAUGUUCAAUAAUUUGUAGAAGUUAGUGUGGUUAAAUAUUAAGAAUUAGUAGAGAAGAUAUAAUGAAGUAAUUCAUCAAUUAAAUGUUGCAGGAGGUUUUGGGAUGAAAAAACAUAAUCAGUUUUUAUUUCAUUGUUAUAGUCGAUUCAUUAAUUCAGAUUGAAU